AUGGCGCACUUUGGAGCAGAGUUUUUCUCUCAACUUCGAUCAUUUACUAAGAAUUUAGACAAAGAUUGUCAUGAACUCAAGUCGAAAAUAGAAAAUGAGGAGAUACCGUCUUGUUCAGAAGGUCGAGCGCAUCUUAUUUUGCGCGAAAUUCUUUCCGAUGUCCAACAUUUCAAGGUUGAGGUAAAGGAGAAAGUCUCCCAGAACAAGAGUAAUUUCACUUUCAGUGAGGUUUUGGGUGCCUGUGAACGUCUUGCAGAACACACAAAAACACAGAUAGAUGAUUUACAAGAGCAUCUGGCAAAAUAUGGCUACAAACCACUUGAGAUUCUUUCAGUCCAUGAUGUCCGCAGCAAAGAAGAAAACAACAAUUUAAACUCUGCACCAGAUAAUGAUUCCCUGGACAGCUGUCAAUCCAAUGAUGAGGAUGACGAAGAGAAAAUGUCAACUAAUGAAGAGCCAUGUGAGGCUAAGCAAAAUGAUGAAGAUGAUGUCAUGAUGACACCAGUUAAACCAGUAACCUUUACAAAAAUGUUUGAAGUCACACCACCAAAUACAGCCUAUCAGAGUGCAGAGCCAUGUACACCUGACCAGUCACCAGUCCCUCCCAAGACAACAACACCAAUGAUUAACACAAGGUCAUGGACGCAAGUUAACCAAACUCACAAUCAAAGUUUUGAUUCCCCGUUACCACCAAUGCUAAACACACCUGGUUUGAAGAUGCUGGGAUCUCAUCACCAUAGUAACAGUAUUAAAGUCCAGGGAUGCAGUCCAGUCAUGACAGAUGAUAUUGACUCAUCUCCAGUCCCUCCUGACAUAACUUGCACAGUUCUGCUAAAACCAGAUGAUUUAGAUGUACCCAAAAUGAAGACACUUCCCGAAAACAACAUUGAGGACCUUAAACAGAAAUAUACCAAACUACCUCAAUACUUACAAAACCACUUUUCCAUUAAUGAAAUUCAACACCUCUUCCAAGAAAUAGACAGCUAUCUUUCUGACUAUGAUUGUAACUCCCUGAGUGAAGAAGUAUUAAGAGAAGUAUUCAACCUUGGCGCCAGGACAAAGGCAUUCAUGUUGAUACUAAGCAAGUUUGAUAAAGCACACAUGUCUAUGUCUAAUAGAGAAUUAACCUUCAACCAGUGAUUUAACAAACAAACAUA